CGUCUCGUUUUCUCUCCCCGCCGACAUCUUUUUCCUCUUUCUUUUCCCCCCUCCCACCACCCUUGGAAGCGACGGAGGCGAGGAUCGAUUGCUUUGGUCCGGGAGUUGCCAUUUUACAGGAACAAACAGAACGUGAAAAGAAAAAGAGGUUAAGGCAGUUCUCGGAAGUGUUUGGCCAUGGAUCCUUAACAAAUUGCAGCUCAGGCCCAACGUGUUGUAUAACCAGCCACUCUGAUGUGUAUGUCUCUGUUUUAGGAAGAAUCUUUAGACGAAGAUACCCCUGCAAAUGGCCACUGUACUUUGUAACAGAGCUAGACUAGUGACGUACCUUCCUGGAUUUUAUUCUUUGGUUAGAAGGGUUGUAACUCCCAAGGCCUUUUCCACAGCAGGGUCCUCUGGCUCAGACGAGCCUUCCGUUGCUGCUGCACCUCCAGACAUAUUUCCAAGAACUGUGUGGCCUGAUGAGGCAAUGGGACCCUUUGGUCCACAAGACCAACGAUUUCAACUCCCAGGGAACAUAGGCUUUGACUGUCACCUGAACGGUGCAGGGAUUCAGAAGGCAACACAAGCACACAAAAAACUGCCUGACAUAUUAGUGGAGCCCCUGGCAAGCGAAAGGCAUGAAUUUGUGAUGGCUCAGUACGUCAACGAGUUCCAGAACAAUAAUCCUCAUAAACAAGAAGUUAGUAAUGCCAAGACCUACUUUGAAACCGCUAAGGUAGAAUGUGCAAUACAAGCCUGUCCGGAGCUGUUGCGCAAAGAUUUUGAGUCAAUGUUUCCAGAAGGAACUUCCAAUAACCUCACAGUCCUAACAGUAACACAGAAGACAAAAAAUGAUAUGACUGCAUGGAGUGAAGAGGUGGAAAAUGAGCGAGAAAAUCUGAUAGAAAAUUUUAUCAGUGGUGCCAAGGAAAUUUGCUAUGCUUUGUGUGCCGAAGGCUAUUGGGCAGAUUUCAUUGAUCCAACUUCAGGAUUGGCAUUUUUUGGCCCUUAUACAAACAACACCCUUUUUGAAACUGAUGAACGCUACCGCCAUUUAGGAUUUUAUGUGGAGGACCUUGGCUGCUGUAAAGUUAUUCGUCAUAAUCUCUGGGGAACACACGUGGUAAUCGGAAGUAUUUUCACUAAUGCUUCACCCGACAGCCCUAUCAUGAAGAAACUGAGUGGCAAUUAACCGCAUCUUCAGGCUUAAGAAUUGGCCAAUAAACACUGUUGGGACAUAUCAAGCGAUAAAUUACACUGUUUUCUAGACAGUAAAAGAUCUGUUAUUUAUUUUAGUCUUCUUGGGAUAUGUAGUCUCUAUACACGAUUUAUAAGGUAAUCCAACAUUUUACUUGAGAGAUGUGUAUAUAUAUAGCGUAUGAUAUUCUAAAGUAUUACUUUUCCAAACUUUCAAUAAAGUGAAACAUCCACAGUAAUCUUACACUGGAACACAAAUCCUCAGCACGUUUGUAACAUUUCCCGUUCCAUUCUGGUGAAGUCAAAUUUAAUUUGCUUGCAAUAUAUUUUAUAAAUGUCUGUUUGACAUAGGUUGCAAAUUGAUUGGAAACAGAGCAAUGUUCAUUUCACAUCUUCAUUUUUUAUAUUUUUGAAAAGAAACAUUUGUGAGGUAGGGAUAGGCCACUUGAUUGGUUAGAUCCCAUUAAAGGAAAAUACUAUCAGCCAUUCUUUUA